AUGGCAGCAGCUAGUCGCGAUCUUUGCACUGUAUUUCCUUCACCGACCGUGAAGUCGCUCGUUGGCAAGUUUCAGUAUCGCCGAUGCUCUCGCCACCCCCAGCCCAUAAGAAGCAAUAUGAUGAAUUUCUCCACUCCCCGGGAACUAUCUACUCUGGGACACUCCCACUCAUCCGGGAUCGACAAAAUUGAACUUAUCUGUGAUAUAGGAAGAGAUCAUAUUGAGCUAGGAUAUUGGGAAAGAUCCCGGGUAGUUGGGUUGAAGACGAAGAGGGCUGGAGGCGCGAUGGAGGAAGAUCCGGCCGUAAUGACGCGUGCAGGACGCGUCGUAGUGCCGUCAACGAGAGCUCGAGAAGCUCUAGAAGGUGCUGAUAGCACCGAUGCCACCGCUGCAACUAGGAGGACGACAUCAAAAGUAAAGCUAACUGCAGUUAGGAAAGCUACUAACCAGAUUGAGGAGAGACAGUGCGCUCAGGAUAAAAACCAAGCAAUACUUAGAAAGAUGUUUCAGUACUUGAAGGGCACCUAUCAAGAGAUCAAAAUUUUAAAAGAAAUGCUCAAUAAAUAA